UUUCAUCACGAUAUAAAAUGGGAAAAUCCAUCACUUUCCUCCACUCUGUGCUUUCAACUUGAGACUGAAGGGAAAAUUAGGAGCAGCUCAUUUGGGCUGGCAGCCUCAGCUGUUUUGCUUAGCUGUCUUUGAUGCUCUCCUGUGUCCUGUUGCAAAGGGUGAACAAGUUCUGGGAGGCUGAGGCUGGCGUCACCUUCUGUUGCUAUGGUAACACGCUCUGGCCAUUUAUCUGAUAAAGGAAGUCCAGUGGAUGGAAUGCAUUAUUCAUCACUGACCUAAUCAAACAAUCAAAAUUGUUUACUUUCACCGGGAAUAUUUAGUGACAUCUGGAUGAAACUGCUCUUGUUUGACUGCCGACAGGUAGCCUUCAUAUUUUUGCAGAAUUCAAGUAAAUACUUUAUCUCAAAAUUCUGUGACUGAAACAUAAAGAUGGAUUAUCCCAAAAUGGAUUACUUUCUGGAUGUCGAGUCUGCUCAUAGACUCUUGGAUGUGGAGUCAGCUCAAAGAUUCUUCUACAGUCAAGGAGCUCAAGCGCGCCGGGCGACCCUGCUCCUGCCUCCCACGUUAAUGGCGGCAUCUUCGGAGGACGACGUGGACCGGCGGCCCAUCCGCAGAGUGCGCUCCAAGAGCGACACGCCGUACCUCGCCGAGGCCAGGAUCUCCUUCAACCUGGGGGCAGCUGAGGAAGUGGAGAGGCUGGCGGCUAUGCGUUCUGACUCCCUCGUGCCGGGUACCCACACCCCACCCAUCCGGAGGAGAAGUAAGUUUGCCAACCUGGGAAGGAUUUUCAAGCCUUGGAAAUGGAGGAAGAAGAAAAGUGAAAAGUUCAAACACACAUCAGCAGCCCUGGAGAGGAAGAUCUCGAUGAGGCAGAGCCGAGAGGAGCUGAUCAAGCGAGGGGUCCUGAAGGAAAUCUACGACAAAGAUGGGGAGCUCUCCAUAUCAAAUGAAGAUGACUCCCUGGAAAACGGGCAGUCCCUGAGUUCCAGCCAGCUGUCUCUGCCUGCACUGUCCGAAAUGGAGCCGGUCCCGAUGCCCAGGGAUCCCUGCUCAUACGAGGUGCUCCAAGCUUCAGACAUCAUGGAUGGGCCAGUGUCUGAAGAGAGUCCCUCUGCCAGUGAGUCUGGAGUCCUCCUGUCCCAAGAUCCUUCAGCCAAACCAGUCCUGCUACUUCCCCCCAAAAAACCUGCUGCUUUCUCUGGAGACCAUGAGGAGACCCCAGUGAAGCAGCUGUCCCUUCUCAAGCAGCCCCCGGCCCUGCCUCCCAAACCCACUGCCCGGAUUGCCAACCACUUAACAGAUCCUGGCGCCCCUGUGAAAUUGCCUUGUCUGCCAGUGAAACUCUCGCCUCCGCUACCUCCAAAGAAAGUCAUGAUCUGCAUGCCCGUAGGGGGACCAGAGCUCUCCCUGGCAUCCUACGCAGCCCAGAAGAGCGGCCAGCAGGGCAUGGCCCAGCACCACCACACCGUCCUGCCAUCCCAGAUCCAGCAUCAGCUACAGUAUGGCAGCCACGGCCAGCACCUGCCCUCCUCCACUGGCACCCUCCCCAUGCACCCCUCGGGCUGCAGGAUGAUAGACGAACUCAACAAGACGCUGGCCAUGACCAUGCAGAGGCUGGAAAGCUCUGAGCAGCGAGUCCCCUGUUCCACUUCUUACCACAGCUCUGUAUUGCACUCGAGUGACGGUGUCACAAAAGCAGGACCUAUGGGCCUUCCGGAAAUAAGACAAGUGCCAACUGUUGUGGUUGAAUGUGAUGACAAUAAAGAAAACGUGCCUCACCAGUCGGACUAUGAAGACUCUUCUUGCCUCUACACGAGAGAAGAGGAGGAAGAGGAAGAGGAGGAAGAUGAUGACAGCUCAUUGUACACCAGCUCCCUGGCCAUGAAGGUCUGCAGGAAGGACUCCUUAGCCAUCAAACUCAGCAACAGGCCCUCCAAGCGGGAGCUGGAAGAAAAGAACAUCCUGCCCAGGCAGACAGAUGAGGAGAGGCUGGAGCUGAGGCAGCAGAUCGGCACCAAGCUCACCAGGCGGCUGAGCCAGAGGCCCACAGCGGAGGAAUUGGAGCAGAGGAACAUCCUGAAACCUCGCAAUGAACAAGAGGAACAAGAGGAGAAAAGAGAGAUCAAGAGGCGGUUAACUCGAAAGCUCAGUCAGAGGCCCACAGUGGAAGAACUCCGGGAGAGGAAGAUCCUCAUCCGCUUCAGUGACUACGUGGAAGUGGCUGACGCUCAGGACUAUGACCGCAGGGCAGACAAGCCGUGGACCCGCCUCACCGCCGCCGACAAAGCUGCCAUUCGGAAGGAGCUCAACGAGUUUAAAAGCACUGAAAUGGAAGUCCAUGAAUUGAGUAGGCACUUAACGAGGUUUCACCGACCUUAGCAGUGAGAUUCCUCCCGAGUGCUCCGCUGUCUUCAAAACAUAAGUCUAGAAGAACCAUAAGUGCUGGUAUUCACUCACUUCCCAUUAUGAUGUAAAUCUUCUGAACUGCCUUUUUUUUUUUUAAAGAAGAAAAAUAAAAGGAAACACAAUCAGGAUUCUGUGCGCAAAAAGGUGAUGGUGACUGGUUGGCCGUCAGAUCUGCUGGCGCCACUUCUGUCCCAACACAUGUCCCAGCCUCCAGCGGGCCGGGCUGAAGACCCCCGGGAGGCGGCGAGGUCCUCAUCCAUCCCCUCCUUCCAGGCGCAGCAGGCAAGGUGUUCAUUCCCCUCCUGCGCACCCCUUCCUCAUGCUGGACUGUCACCUGCAUUCCGAGAAGGCAGAGGCGGUGGGUGUGGCCUGGAAGUGACUGCAGAGCUGGAGAUCUGGCUGGCCUUCUGGACUCGGCCAAGUGCACCGGCUCCAAGGCAGCGUCUGUUUGGGGGUCCCCGAGGCAGGUGACGGAGGAGGAGGGUGCACCGCUUGGUUGCCCCUGCUGGUCUCAGCAACAUCCACACAGAGGCCGGAAAGGAAGGGCCCUCUUCUGGGGGAGGCUGUGUGGCCCGCCAGAAUAGCAGGUCGGUGGCUACGGCAGGCUGGCGCUGGAUGGUCCUGUCCUCUCUGCCAAGGGUGAGGUGCGGAGGACUGUCAUCCCCUCAGUGCGAAUCAGUUCACCCAGGCGAGUCCCGAAAGCUGUGUCACGGGUGACACAAACGCCACUGCUAAGGAGCUCCCCUAGUGUCCAUGCGCAUGAGCGUGAGCACCUGUGGGGCACAGAGCGGCUGGGGCCAGAAACUCUGCUUGGCUGGUGUUUUUUGAUUUUCCUGUGCACCUCGGGGCAACUGUUGUGUGGCUUCCAAGUUAAUGACUUCAGAGUGUAGGGCCAGUGUGUGGUGCCAGAACCCAUUCCUGGGAGGCUGGCUGUCCUGCUGCAGGGGCCAGGCCCUCCAGCACCACUCGGUGGCCUUCCAUGCUCCUUUCUUUGCACUGAGAGCUUCUGUGGAGAAGCCCAGAGUUUGACACAAGCCAGGUGGGGUGCGCCUGCCCUCAGCCUUCCCUCUCCGCUUAGCCUGGGAGAUUCCUCCCCCUUUCCUGAUGAUGCCCGGUAAGCAGAGAUGUGGCUCCAACUGUCCUGUGCUCCGGGGCCCUGGGAAAGCAAUGCUCUGUUGACAGACACUAGGGUUGGGGGGCAAUGGGGGAAGAACACCCCAAACCUUCACAGGUACCCACCCUGAGUGGCCUGCGGCAGGGUCUCCUUUUGCUUCCUGACCUGCUCUCGGGCUCUCAGCAGACCUCUGCCUGGCCUCCUCUGCUGGUUCCGAAGUCACCAGGUCCUUCUGAGUGAUGGCUUGCUCUCCACUACACAUGCCCAGGGCCAAAAAGAUGCCAGCCUGGCCACCCCAAAGAGUCAAGUCCCCACCCCAAACCAGGUGGGAGCAAGUUCCUCUUAGGACAUGGCACCCAGCAGAGGCCCUGGAAUGCUCUGCAGGCGUUGACACCACCAGGGUAGCUCUAACCCAGAGACUGAGGGAUUUGGAGGGAGCCCAGGGGAGCUCCGGAGGCAGCGCCCCCAGCCACUGUCGCCUCCGUCCUGAGCAAGGACAUCCAGCCCCAGGAGGACAUCAUCAUCAGAUUUUUUUUUUAACCUUUGUUGUUUUCUUUGGGUGUUUAAUCUGAAUGGUUCCAGCAGUCGGGAGAGGUAUUCAGGGAAAACAGUUGGGAUUUUAGCAUGGCUGUGAAUGCAGUCUUCCCGAAAGGCUUACUGACGUUUGAAUGUGCAAUGGUAGAACGGAAGAUGUGUGCUCUUUCGUUGAACUUUCCUGGGACAUCGGGGGCAGGCACGCCCGUGUGUGUUCCAGGCUGAGGUGUCUGCCUGGCCGGGCCGGGCCUCAGGACUGCGCUUCCCCUACCCCACAGCAGAGGGGCAAGCAGUGCCUGGAGCCCUGGGCUGAUAGCUGGGCUCUCCAGCACCUGACUUCCCCGCUGCUGGGCUGGGUUCUGCUCUGGGCCCUCGGAUUCCCUGGGGAUAGAAGGCCCAAAGGGAUCUCCCUGCAGCCAGCCUCCAGCCAGCUCAUGUGCCCCUGCCCUGGGCAUGCAGCCCACUUUGUGCAUGCAGAGAUGCAGGGUACUGUCCACUUCUCUUCCUUCAGGACACCCCUUUCAGAAGUCACCCUCAGAGUUGGGGGUUCGCCUCCCACACCGUGGAAGGCCUUCGGGACUGGCUAGUUCCAGCCCAUUUCAAGCAGUUCUGCCAUGGGUUCAGCACCCUCUGGGGUCUGCAGGAUGGGGCCUCUACUGUCUCUUUCUUAAAACCUUGAGGUCUUUAGAAAGAUCUCUCACAUUUCUUUUUGCCGCAUUGUUGUGACAACGGAAGCAACUUGUGUUACUUUCCAAGAUGACAGACUGAUGUUGGAGGGCAGGGAAUAGAUGGGCUAGAUGACUUAAAAAGCAUCCCUUUUUUGAAAACCCUGCAGUUUUCAAGCUGGGUUAUUUUGAGUCUAUACAUUCCCAACUGAGUCAUAUAUCAUUGAAUUAGGAGGAGAGGGAAAAUUCGAAAUCACGUUUCCUUCUCAAAAUAAGACAUUGAGGUCCGGGGAUUUAGCUCAGUGGUUCCAGCGCCUGCCUCACAAGCGGAAGGUCCGGAGUUCGAUUUCCAGUACCAAAAGAAAGAGAAAGACAUUGAUCCAGCCCCACAAUAUCCCCGACUCAGUAACAGAAGAGAGUGCCAUUGGCCUACUUGCCUUUCCAGAGUUCCUGAUAAC